AUGCUUUCAAAUUGGCAUACGUCACGUUACGCGGUAGGAGGACCGGUUCCUAGCCACCUGCGCCGGUUGCUGGAUGUCUUGGAUGGUGCUGAGCCCAUCGUUGCCAAAGGAGCGAAGGGCAUCAGAGGAUAUUUUGAGGACCUCUUUUCUGAACCCUGCCGGAUCCAGCGCAAUAGCGUCAAGGUCAUUCUAGUCGGGCAGGAAGGUGCGGGGAAAACGAGCUUGUGCCGGAGCAUGAAGGCAAACAAAGCAGCUCCUACGGGCGAGUGGAAAGAGAACAGCACGGUUUUCGCAGACGUGGAGCCCAUGGUGCUAGAGGGUGCAUCGGUUCGGGUCGCCUACACGGGGCUGCUGCAGAUGUUCCUGACACCAAGGUCUGUUUGCGUGCUAGUGUGCAAUGCGGAGGCGUUCGAUAACUUGGGUAACGGGGUCGGUGGUCAGGUAGACAAAGACUGUCGCAAGCUGGAAGACUUGUGCGUGUGCGAUUGGCUGCGAUCGAUCUCUCGACGGGUUCCCGACAAUGAGGGUGGGUCCUACGUAAUUUUUGGAAAAGUCGAACAUCGAACAUCGAACAAGCGGAUAGUUCGAAGUUCGACUUUUUGGGGACGGCGCCAGGAGGAGGAGCACAAGAAGCAGCCCCACCAGACCCACCCUGAUGUCAUCCUCGUCGCCACCAAGUGUGAUCUAGCGGGUGGAAACGCUUGGGAAACCGGCCGUAGAAUAGAAGAGGCCUGUCGAACGUGGUUGGCAGACUGGGUUCGCGACGGUAUGCAGCCCGUUAGGGUGGAGGACGGCGUUUGCCUCACGAGCUGCUGCGUGAGGGUGGAGGACGGCGUCUGCUGCAGCGGAUUUUGUAAACAAGGAAACGACAGCAGGGGAAAUCACGCUUCGAAGGGAACUUGGGCGUGCGACUGGCGGGACAAUGCGGACGAGAAUUCCUCGCCCAAUUUGCUUCAUCGUCUCGUGAACAAGCGCGACGGGAGUGGUCUUCGAGGAGCUCAGAUGGUGCUUCCUCGCAGCUGGGAUAUCGCCCUCACUGUCCUUGAAGCCCUUGAGCACGGAUGGCAAGCUCAACAUCGGUGUCAGACUUCUCAGCGAGUGGAUCCUGUGGAGAUGAUCGUGAGGAGGUUGGCUGACACGGAUGGAGGAGAAGCGGUAGAACUGGCAGAGGCCAAGGGAGACGCAUACCACGGAAUCACGAUGGAGGAGCUAAAAGCCAAAUGGAACGAGACGGUUCGUGAGCUUGCGAAAAGAGAUAUUGCGGUUACAAACCCCGAGAACGCGUUGGAAGGAGCGCUGUCGAUCAGAGAGUUCGAUGGAUCCCUCGUUCGCCACGAGAUGUUCGUCUUUCUGGACGUCGUUUGGCUGGCCAGAGUUCUCAAGCCCUUGCUCAAUCACAAGGAUGAAGAGAGCUACAACGGCUCCGUCAAGCUCGGUGACACCGGCGACACGUGUAUCACCCUCCGCGAUCCAUUGGACAUCGCUUCGUGGGGCAGGCUCAAGGGUGAGGGCAUCCUGGAACCCAGGUUGGCGCAAGCCAUGUGGCCUGCUGGUUUGUCCGAGUACGUUCUCCCUACCCUUCUGUCGCUGGGUUUGGGGUUUUCGCUAGGAAACAAUCCCGCCGGGGGGCUGGUAGCUUUGCUACGGCUAAGGUCCGGCCGCCCAGCGCGUGUGGGCAAAGUGAUGGACACAUUCCGCUCGAAAAACACCGCUGUCUUCGCCGCCAGUUGGAAGUUUUUCCUCGGUGUACCGCCUGGUGCGAUCGAAAAGGUGUUGACGCGGUGCUGCAGCAUAGGUGGUGUGCGGGCGUUUUGGCGCUUCGGGGUGCUUGUGCAUGGCAGCUUUGGAGACGGAGGAGGUAGCAGCGGGAUCUUCGCCGUGGUCUUAGAGUACUCUUCCAGCGGCAAUGAGCUCACCGCUCAGGUGUAUGGCGAUGCAAGCAAUCCUGCCCCAUGGGUGGCGCUUUCGUACGUCAUCUCUGCCGUGAGGGUCAUGCUGUUGGAAUUUCCAGGGCUGCAUUCUAAGGGCUCUCUGAGGUGUCCUCAGCAUGGUGGCGCGAUGCCCUUGACCACCACGCCGGGCUCCAACGGGGAGGACGUUUUGGCUCAAAUGAUCCGCAUCUUGGGCCGAAUCGAGGGAGGCAUCCAGGAAAGCCUCAUGUGCCUCAAGAACCUGCAGGGCCCGAACUACCCCUAUCCGCACCUUGUGGUCGUGAAGGAAAUCGAGACUCAGGGGAACAGGGGCUUGCUGACCAAAGCUCGUGGCAUCGCCAUGAAGGACAUGACGCUGCACUUCUUGUUCCCGGUCGACAUGAGCAAGGUACCGUGUGGGGUCGAUGGCGAAGGGUAUCGGUUUCGCGAGACGCGUGGCUGGGUCAAGAAACUUUCGCCAGUGCUGCAGGUGGCCGUGGUAACCGCGAAGGUGGCGCUGAAAGCAACGGCGGGGCUGGACGUGGAUAUCUCGGAAUUCCUGCAGGCUGUCAAAGAGGGGGCAGUCGAGGAGGUAGCAGACUGUACUCUCGAUGAGGAAGCGCUGUCCCGUGUUGUGUCUGGGGAGGAGGUUGCCGGCGCCGACCUGCAAAGGGAUACGAGGGUCUCGUACGAAGCUCUGAAGAAAUUCAUGGACAAGGAACUCAACAGGCGCAAGAAUGCCAAAGAGGGCGACGGCUACAUAGACUUCAGGGAGAAAAUGCAGCGCGAGAGCGACGGGAAGGGUGGAAUAGUGUGGGUUCGGAUAGAAAAUGUUCAAAAGUGGCGAGACUCGCUUUCGACUGCUUCGCCAUUGAGGUAG